AUGGCUUUGCACGGUGAUGAUCUACUGGUUGGAUGUGUUUAUUUGAUCGUGCCAGUUUUGAUGUAUCCGCUAUAUCUUUAUAUUAUUUGGAAAGUCGCAUUCGAUCGUGAGCUCUACCGUUCUGCCAGCCAUAAAAUGUUGAUGCAUCUCGGGAUCUUUGACUGUUUCCAACUUCUCUUCCACGAGUUGAACGGCAUUUUUGUGUGGUUUCCGGCCCUAUCCGUCAACUACCAUUUUGUCCUUUCGAGUCGCAAACGGUUGGUGUCGAGCUCGAGUUACAAGUAUGAACUGCGUAUAUUCAUCCAAUCGGUCGUUGUCUUUGUCAAUAUAUUUGUGCUUAUCAAUUUAUGGCAUCAUUUGGGAGAAUGGUUGGAGGUGACAAAAUGGACGAAUUUUUACGUCUGUAUCUAUUGGAUGCUGUGCAACGGGAUGAAUGCAUUUGUGUCUCUGAUUUUGGAUAGAAAAAUCCGCCAAAAGGUAUGGACACCAAUCGGGAGGUUUUUGCAAUCUCGACGCGCGACGGCGACCGUUUCUGUUACACCAAAUUCGGCUUCGAAUGGAAAA